AUGUCGUCACAGGGGGAUUGUGAGUUCCUGGUGAAGCGGGCCCUGGAGCUGGUGCUGGGGGACCUUUGGGCGGCCAAGGUCUGGCUCUACCCCGCCGAUUUCAACAUACAAGUGAGCUCCGCUGCUUUCGCACACGCUCAGUACCGGGGUGCCAGCGCCCCUCGGCUGUUUGUGAGUUUUCCAGACCAACCUGCUGUAUGGAGGGAUAGUGUUAUAACAUCAGCAUUAAGGAAUGACUCCCAGGACAAGCAGACACAGUUUUUAAGAGGAUUAUUUGAGACCCUUCCUGGUCGGGUCCAGUGUGAAAUGCUCCUGAAGGCAACAGAGCAGUGCUUUAACACAUUAGAAAGGGCAGAAAUGCUCCUUCUACUUCUGCGGCAUUUCCCAGAGAGUGUGGUGUUUGUGCAACAUGGGGUAGGCCUUGGAGAAACAUUAUUAGAUGCUGAAAGUAUUGAAGACCAAGAAUCUCCAGUGAGUUGUUUUAGAAAAUUAUUUGUUUGUGAUGUUCUUCCUCUCAUAAUUAACAACCCUGUUAUACGACUUCCUGCCAGCUUGUUAUAUAAAUAUCUGAAUAAAGCAGCAGAAUUUUAUAUUAAUUACAUAACUACAUCUACACAGGCAGAAAGUCAAUAUCAAGGCUCACAAGAUUCCUCUGAUAUUAUGUCUCCAAGCAAGCGCAGCUCUCAGAAAUAUGUAAUAGAUGGUCUCACAGAGAAAUCAUCCCAGAUUACAGAUCCUUGGGAGAGGCUGUUUAAAAUAUUGUCUGUGGUGGCAAUGAGGUGUGAGUGGCAAAUGGAUAAGGGAAGAAGACGUUACGGUGACAUUUUGCAUUGAAUGAAAGAUCUCUGCAGAUACAUCAGUAACUUUGAUAGUGAAGCCCACAUUAAAUAUAAGAAUCAAGUAGUGUAUUCCACAAUGUUGGUCUGCUUUAAAAAUGCUUUUCAGUAUGUCAGCAAUAUCCAGCCAUCACUCUUUCAAGGUCCAAAUGCUCCAAACCAAACUCCACUGGUUCUUCUCGAGGAUGUACCCAACAUCUAUGGUGAUGCAGAUAUUGAUCAUAACAAACACAUACACAAUAAAAGAAAACUUGCUGAAGGAAGAGAAAAAACUAAGCAGAGCUCAAAUGAUGAGGAUCCUUCUGGGAAGGCAAGAAGUCGCCAUAUUACAGUAAACAAGGCUGAUCUUGAAAAUGUUGAAGUAUUAGAGAGUUUCAAACUGGCAAGAGAGAGCUGGGAGCUGCUUUAUUCUCUGGAAUCACUUGACAAAUUCACCAGAAUUUGUUUGUCAUGGAAGACAGAAACCUGGCUUUGGUUAAGAAUCUUUCUUACAGACAUGAUCAUCUACCAGUGGCAGUACAAAAAAGCAAUUAGCAGCCUACAUCACUUGGCAGCUCUUCAGGGCUCUCAUUCUUCCCAGCAAAUUACAGGACAAGGAUCUUUAGAAAAUCAGAGAGCACUAAUCCAGUUAGCAUCGUGCCACUUUGCCCUUGGAGAAUACUGGCAAACAUGCAAAAAAGUGCUUGACCUAUGCUGCAUUUUACUUCCAGUACAGGAAAGAGGUAAAGUACAAGAGGAGCAACCUAAAGUCACAAAAUUCAGGAAAGGGUCUGAUUUGAAGCUUUGGCCAUGUACCAGUAGAGCUAUCAUGCCUUACUGCCUUCAUCUGUUGUUAGCUUGUUUCAAGCUCAGAGCUUUCACAGACAGAAGAGAUGAUAUGGCACUGGGCCACGUAGUUGUUCUGCUUCAGCAUGAGUGGCCGAGGGGUGAGAACUUGUUCCUGAAAGCCAUCAACAAAAUCUGCCAGCAAGGAAACUUCCAGUAUGAGAAUUUUUUCAGCUAUGUCACAAGUAUCCUUUCUCUAACCAAGAAUGUCUUUCACACCCUGUGCUGUAGUGUUGAAAAAGCUGUUUGUUUCAACAUCAUUCACAGCGUUUUAGCUAAGCAGAGGGUGGCGUAUCCCCAGCGUCCGGGGUCUGUCCCCAGUUCUCCUUGUCCCUCUACCCGAACCCCACCUUCCUCUGGUUGGGAGCGCAGGGCUAGCAUUGCUGCGAGGGGAUCGAGCAAGAGGGUCCCCGGCUCUGCACCCCCGCCCAGAUCUCCGUGUCUCAGGGGGGCUGGCCACACCCCCGGGACCCCGACCCGCAGCCCGUCAACCCCAGUUUCCAUCCCCAAAGUUGUGCGGUUCCGCAUCCCGACAUCGGAGUACAUGCUGUGGGAAGCUGGCUGGAAGCGCCGCCUUAAGGCACUCCGAACUGAGCUGUUACAAAGCUCCCAACAUGGCCUCAACAGCUUUGACCAUCCCAUCACUAUGGAUCACUUGGAGUGGACGCCUGUUCAGGUUCGACCAUUGGAGGAUCCACUGCAUAACCAGCUCAGGCUUUGUAAGUACCUUGUUGUUGGAGACACGAAGUGCACGCCAGCUGAGAUCAGAGUGGCACCCCUGACUAUGCCAGGGAAGCAUGACAACCGCUACCUGAUCUUGGUCAUUUGUGUCCAUCCCCCCUAUUUCCUACCUGCCGAAACAGCUGUCGCGCAAGCGAUUCCUUUCCCAGAGACCAUCUGUGUGGAUGAAACUGCACCAGAGGUUUACUGGGCUGAGGCGGUAGGAGAAGAUAAGCCCACUCUCACUUGCACAAUCACCAAUGGAAAUGAGAGUGUGAACGUGAAGGGUGUGAUGGACACUGGGGCAGAUGUCACGAUCAUCCCUGAAAAGGGAUGGCCGUUGCAUUGGCCUUGCAACCUGCGGCAGGCAAGAUCCAGGGAGAAAUUGGCUCAGGGACACAUUGAGCCCACUUUCAGCCCUUGGAACUCUCCAGUCUUCGUUAUCAAGAAGCCGGGGAAGAACAAGUGGCGGCUCCUCCACGACCUUCGUGCAAUUAAUAAUAUCAUUGAGGACAUGGGACCCCUGAAACCAGGAAUGCCUUCCCUGAUGAUGCUUCCCCAAAAUUGGAAUCUGGCUCAAGCUCGUUUGAGCCAUGAGAUGUAUCAUCAGAAUGCUCCCGCCUUGGCGCGGCAGUUCCAUCUGCGAAGAUGCCAGGCAAAGGCGAUCGUGGCGACAUGUCCCCAAUGCCAGAAGCUGGAUCUCCCAUCUCUAGGUGCAGGAGUGAACCCAAGAGGGCUGAGCAGCUGUGAGAUCUGGCAAACAGAUGUUACUCAUUUUCCCCAGUUCGGCCAGUUGAGAUACAUACGCGUCUCUGUUGAUACCUUCUCAGGUGCGGUUUAUGCCUCUGCCCAUGCAGAGGAGAAAGCUGAGCAUGUAAAAAAUCACCUGCUGCAUGCCUUUGCCACUCUCGGAGUUCCUAGAGAAAUCAAAACAGACAAUGGCCCAGCAUAUAUCUCCAAAGCUCUGAAUGAAUUCCUGCAGGAAUGGGGAGUUGAGCACAAGUAUGGCAUCCCUCAUUCCCCCACAGGUCAGGCCAUUGUUGAGAGAACACAUCAAUCUCUCAAGCAGGUGCUGCUUAGGCAGUGGGAAGGCGGUAAAGGCCUCACACCCAGUGAAAGGGUGUGCAAGGCAUUGUUUACCAUCAAUUUUCUUAACUGCAGUUUUGAAAAUCCGUUUCCUCCAGCAGUUAAGCAUUUUCAACCUGCGAACCCUGACAGCCGAGAGCGUCCACGAGUUUUGAUAAGGGACCCCGAGAGCAGGCAAGUGGAGGGGCCGCACGAGUUGGUUUUGUGGGGGCGUGGAUACGCUUGUGUAUCCACCCCUCAAGGGCUGCGAUGGAUCCCACAAAAGUGGGUGAAGCCGUAUGUACACGCCAUCCAGUCCAUCCUCCGGACGGUGAAGUCAUGCCGGACCUCUAGCCCUCCCAUGGGGUUACUGCAGCAGGAAUUCAUACCUGUGCUACAGCCCAGCAUACAGACUGCUGACAGGCACCACACAGUUACCCGGGGUAUAACUAAAGGAGUGAGGGAAGACUUCUGCCUGGCCAUGGAGCGCCAGGUCUCACGCUGUGGGGAAAAUCUCAUAGUGGUCUUGCAUAGGUUCUGCUAUAAUGAGAAAAUACUGCUGCUGCAGACUCUUGCUUGAAUGGACUGGAUCCUGAUGCAGUGUCUUUUACGGAGAGAGGGGAAGGCUCUUCUUUGUAUCAACAAGCAGCACAGCAGUAGAAAAUCUCUUGUUCAGGGAGUCAAGAAGUUCCCUGUAAGUUAAAGGUUCUGCAAUACACAAACACUACUCAGUGUUUGUUCACUGCCUGGUUUUCUUAUGUGAGUAGAUCAAACUUUAUCACCGCGAGCCUAGCCAGAAAGACACUUGGAUCCAGAGUUCUGGGUUCA